AUGGCGUGGGAAAUUUUUAUCCGCCUUUCGGCAAAGGAUAUCCUUCGUUGCCGCGCCGUGUGCCGCUUCUGGCAUGACCUCACCUGCGCCCCUGAUUUUCUCCAAGCCCACCAUCAACGCCAGCCGACGCUCCCACUCGUCAUGCUCCACCACACAGCUAGUACAGACCGCGGGUUGCCAUUCGGUGAGCGUGGCCGCCCUGUUCUCGGGUUUGACGACUACGAAGGCUUCAAGCUUCUUGCGUCCUGCGACGGCCUUCUCUUGCUCUACCUCUCUGACGGUCGCUACAGCAUCUGCAACCCGGCCACGCGUCAGUGCGCUCCACUCUCAUGCCUCUCCGCCGCUGGCGACAUCAGAAUCGUGGCGAUGUACCUGCACCGCCCGUCCGGCGAGUACCGUGUGCUGUACUGGAAGGGCAGACAACAGGGCCACCCUGAAGCUGUCUACUACAUCCUUAUGGUACGGCGAGGGCGGUCGCCAAGGUGCAUCGGCUUUCCUUCAGAUACCCCUGGCAUGGAGAAAGCUAUGCUAACCUGCAAGUAUGGAAUGACUCCUAAUAACUAUUAUGCCCCACCCGUUGUGUUCCGCAACUGCCUUCACUGGGACACCAGCAAUCCCAAGACUGCCAGUAUAGUUGUUUUCGACACUGUGGUUGAGUCAUUCAGGUUCAUGCGCCGUCCGCGCCGUGGUGCGACUAGAUUCGACAGUCGUUUGUGUGACAUGGAAGGUUCAAUUGGCUUCAGCUGUUUCGACAAUGAGGGGACAUCUGCCAAAAUCUGGGUCUUGGAGGACUAUGAAAGGGAGGUGUGGUCAAUCAAAUACCAUGUUAACUUCCCAAGCAAGAACUUGUCUUACCUCCGAGACCGAGAAACAUACCAUUUUGUUUUGUCACAAAAAGGAGAUGUGCUGGUCUACAGUUGCUCCACAGGUUACAUGUUCCACUGUGACAACACUGGAAAACUGCUAGAGGAAUUCCAAUGUGGUAAUCCAUGGAGUUUGAACAUCAUUGGGCAUGGCUUCAAAGAAAGCCUCGUCAAACAGGACAUCUCCUUGAGGCGAGGCUGUGGCUGUGUUAGACAACUACGAUUUUUCCAAAGGAUCUAA